UCAACCACACCUUGACCCCGACGCGACCUGCACAUCAACGAGAGCUAUCCUUACGAAAUGUGCUCGUGAUAAUCUAAUUACUUGCAUCGUCAUAAGGCUGAUACGCAAUGCAACUGGUCGAUAGACGGGAAUAAAUUACCAACGUUCUGAACACAGACCGAACCUAAAACCCGGAAUAUAUCUUCACCACAAUCAGACCUAAAAUCUAAUCAUCUCGAAUGUCUUAUUAUACAAAACCUACCUAGGCAGUUUAUCCUAACGACAUCCACCAUUUUUGAUCAUCUCCCUCUAGACUUCGAGACGACAUGUCCCAUCUCGCAGCACCGUCACCAGCAAGACCGGUGAGCUCUCGCAGCUUCGCCUUGGUGUCGUCGUCCGAGUCCUCAGACAACGAAGACGACGCUCCGCUCCCCUUCCCUACUGCGCUUCCUCGCUCAGAUUUCCUAGCCCCCGACUUCGACCCGGCGGAAUACCUCUCCUCCCUCGCGAACCGCCACCAAACCCUAGAAGACCUGCGAUCCGACCUGAGGGAGCGGAGCGCCGCUAUUAGUACCGAGCUGCUGGAACUAGUCAAUGCGAACUACACGAGUUUCUUGAGCUUAGGUGACGAGCUUAAGGGCGGUGAAGAGAAGGUCGAGGAUGUCCGUGUGGCGCUAUUGGGAUUUCGGCGAGCGGUUGAAGAGAUCAAGGGCCGAGUAAGAGAAAGGGGAACCGAAGUUGCGAGCUUAAAUCGAGAUCUAUCCGGCGUAAGAAGUGAAAUCGAAACCGGAAGAAAAAUGCUAGAGUUAGAUGAGAGGUUAUCCGUACUCGAGGGUCGACUAGCGGUGGGAAGUACAGGGCCAGAUAGCGAUGAUAGCGACGAGGAUGAUGGAAACGAUGAGAACGAAUUGGAGGGAGCAGUGGGAAACAGUACCGCAAAACUGACUCGGUUAGCAAACGAGUAUACAGUAGUGGACGAGUUAGCCAACGACAUUGGAAGGGAUACGCCAUUUGUACGAAAAGCGGAGGAGAGGUUAACGAGAUGUAGAAACACCAUCUUAUUAGACCUUGGUACGGCGUUGAAGGAAGCCACGAAGGCAGGUACUAGAGGACAGGCCAAGCUACUAAAGUUAAUGGGCAUCUAUUCUCGAUUAGAUGCCCAACUAGAAGCUGUAAAGGUAUUGAAGAGCGCUUAAUGAGCGAGCAGGACGCAUUUUCACUAUUAUUUAUAAGCAUAUUUCUAGCAAGAUACCCCCGAAGAUAUA